AUGGCCGCAACCGAUAAGUCAACUCCCGAUAUCUCUACGGUUGAGGACAUUUCGAGCAUACCUCUCCAAAACAUGAAGGACGAAGACAAGAUCCAGACUGACGCCGAUGGCUUCGCUGGCGAUGUGGAGAAUCUGCCGAAGGGGUACUAUCUCAGUUCCUUCUUCCUUGGUACAUGUUGCGCCGUGGGCUUUGGUGCUUGGGCUGGCAAUGCUGGCUUUGCAUAUGCUGCACCUAUUUUGGGAACUAUCAACGCGGAUAUUGGACCAGAUCCUAACAUCCAGUGGGUGGCACUGGUGCAUCCAGUUGGACUGUCCGUAGGUAUGGUGCGUACAAAGACCAAUCUCGACUUCCACUCGUUCAUCACUGACUUCGACCAGACCAUCAUAGGAAGACUGAGCGACAUCUUCGGCCGUCGUUAUUUCUUCAUCGUGGGGGCAUUCCUCGCUAUGAUCGGAACACUGAUCAGUGCUCUCGCCAUUAACGUCAACAUGUUGAUCGUUGGAUCCAUGAUCAAGGCCCUCGCCGCUGCGACGCAACUAUCCUGCUACUACACCAUCGGCGAACUCAUUCCAUCCAAGUACCGAUAUCUCAUGAUUGGCGCAAUCAACGUCUGGAACCUACCUGGGCAGGGUUUCGCCCCCGUCGUUGCGCAGAGCCUAGUUGCGACUCGCGUUGGUUGGCGAGCUGUAUACUUCUUACUCACUGCCGUCAACGGAGCGUCUUUGAUCUGCUACUGCGUAUUUUACCAUCCUCCCAACUUCCACCAGAAGCAUGGUCAGAGGGAGAAGAAGAUGGAUUUCGUUAAGAAGUUCGACUACGUUGGCACGUUGCUCUAUGCCGCUGGCCUUACUAUGUUCUUGCUUGGUCUUUCGUGGGGCGGCACCAAGUAUAGCUGGACGUCAGCUGAAGUGCUAUCUUUCAUUCUCAUCGGCUUCGGCUGUCUUGUUGCUUUUGUAUGCUGGGAACUCUUCAUGGAUCUUAAGGAGCCUUUGGUUCCUAUGAGUCUCUUUCGCCAUCGCCCAUGGGUCGUAUCGGCAAUACUCACGGGUAUUGGGGCUGGAGUAUACUAUGCCGGUGCAAUCAUUUGGCCUCAGAUUACACAGAAUUUCUACGCCAACGGCGACCUUAUGCAUGCCGCGUUCCUUUCCUCGUUAGCCAAUUUAGGUAUUCUGAUAGGCGGUUUCCUGUGUCAACAGCAAACCCAAGCAACCAAGCCCAAUCUUCUGCGCUAA